AUGGCAAAGAAGAAAUAUAUGGUUCUACCUAUUACAAAUGAUGAUGAUCAUCUAUCAAAUGAAGAUAUUGUUGAAAAUGAUUCAUCAUCAUCGUCAAUGUUAAACAUCAACACCAACAACAACAACCGCAGCAAUAAUAAUGAUGUCGUUGUCGAUCAAGAUGAUGAUGAAGUUGAUAUAGAUAGUGAUGCUACUACAACUCUGUUACAACAACAACAACAACCACCAACUGGUGUUGGUGAUACAAUCAUUCAAUUCAAUCCUUCACGCUCAAUGUUUGAUGAUGAUGGGGAGGAAGAUCCUCAACUGGACAACCCAUUCGAAUCGGGCUACAGACCAACACUGACAAACUGGCGAGACAUCAUUCGCACGACACGCUCUGUAAAUAGAAACACAAACUUACCUCGUUCAAUGUCAAUUGGAGGCACCAUGUCCAACACAUCAACGGCAACUGUGGCGACAGUGACCACCUCACCGCCAUUGCCAUCAACAACGUCACACUUCCCCUUCCCAUCCACUCUGUCGACGCGAUGGGAGAAUGCACAGCUCAAGGAGAAGGACACGCUGGUGAUCAGACAUCCCGAUGGCAAGGUGUCGUUGGGUCUCAACGAGACAAAGUUCUACCAUCACACAAGCACUGGCGAGCACGAUCCCAAUGGACUGUACGCAGGAUUGGCCGAUCCAGACAUCCUACUGCAACACUACAAUCAAAAUGGCAUACCAUCAACACUACAAGAUCAAGAUCACAUCUAUCUCGAGUCAUACGGCAUGUAUGAUGGAUUCCAGAAUGGAGGAUUUGAAACAUAUAGACGAAAGAAGUUCUUGGUGUCGUUGAUCACGUGCGAGGUAUUCUAUUGUGCACUGUUGAUGGCCCAGAUCAUGCACUUUAACUCAAUGCUGUUGAUGCUGAUAUUGGUCAUACUCUCGGAUAUAAUGGGCGUAUAUGCAGUGUCCAAGAACAAACCGAUAUUGCUCUCACUGUUUGUCUUUUUGGAUGGACUGUCAAUGUUUGUUCAGAUCAUCUCUCAGCUGUAUUCACCACUGUUCCUACUGCGAAUGAUCGUCUUUAUGAUAGCCUGUCGUGUCCGCAAUGACAUGGUACUGUACAGUUCCGCCGCGCCAGUCGUCUCAGCA